AUGUAUCCAGACUAUGGAAUAUUAUUCAGUGCUAAAAAGAAACAAGCUAUUAAGCCAUGAAAAGAUAUGGAGGAAACUUAAAUGAACAUUAUCCAGUGAAAGAAAUCAAUCUGAGAAGGCUAACUACUGUAUGAUUCCAACCCUGUGACAUUCUGGAAAAGACAAAACCAUGGAGACAGUAAAAAGAUCAGUGGUUCCAACAUGGCACAUGUAUACCUAUCUAUCAAACCUGCACAUUGUGCACAUGAACCCUAGAACUUAAAGUAUAUAAAAAAACAAAAAAUCAGUGGUUCCCAGGGUUUCAAGGAGAGGGAGAGAUUAAUAGUUGGAGCACAGAUUUUUAGAGCAGUGAAACCACUCUGCAUGAUACUAUAGUAUCAUUAUACCUUUUCUAAACCCACAGAAUGCACAACACAGAGUGCAUUCUAAACCCACAGAAUGCACAACACAGAGUUAACGUAAUGUUAACUAUGGACUUUGGGUGAUAAUUAUGUGUCAGUGUAAGUUGAUUGUAGCAAACUUACCACUCUGUGGGGGAGUCUGUUAGGGGAUGGGUAUAUGGGAAGCCUCUGUACCUUCUGCUCAAUUUUGUUACAAACCCAAAACUGCUCUAAAAAACAAAGUCUAUUUUAAAAACAAAUGGGAAUACUAGUGGUACUCAGUAAUGUGUGUUGAGGAUUAGAUAUAAGCCAAGAUUAUAUAAAGCACUUGGAACAGUACCUGGCAUGGUGUAAGGUUAUGUGACUUAGUUAUUAUUAUUAUAUUAUUAAUGAGCAUAAAAAUAUUUAUGUGGCUUUUAUAAGUUCACUCAUGUAGUUGGGCUUCCACUCCUAUUUUUUGCUACGUAACCUUAAGUUUUUCAACCUCAAAUUCUUCUGCUACGAUUGCUGUCUAGAAUCUAAUCACAUUGACAAUAUUUAUUUAAGUGUGAGCAGAGGGCCUCUUACGUCAGAAUGACCUAGAGUGUGAAUUGAUAAUACAGAUUAUUGCACUCCAGAUUUGCAUUUCCACAAGCACCCUGCGUAAUCCUGGUGCAUUCCAGAGUUAGAGAGCUAGUGCUGUGAGAGUCUGGGAAGGAUUAUACCACUUCUGACCUCCCAGGCACUGCUUAAUGUAGUUCCCCACAAAUUUGUCCAGAAAAUACACAUGUAGAUUUUGGCAGAACACCAUGUGUCUGAGAAAUAGAAAGGAAAGUAGUGACCUAAGAAUUCUUCAGUCCAUCUCAGAACCUAGUCUCUUGUGUGAAAUGACUUUUAUGAAGUAGGACAUUCUUUGUGUUCUACUGUUCUUAACAGUAUGAGUAAUAGUCCGUUCCUACACUUACGUUUUAAGUAUUCAGUACUAAUUAGUGAGUGUGUGGCUAAUUCUGAACAGUUGAGUCAUUUGAGUGCUUUUAGGGAUAAAAGGAAACUGUAGGACUGAGUGAGAAAAAUAUCUGUCAUUGACAACAGGAAAUAGAAAUAAAUAAUAUGCGAUUUUGCAGUGAAAUGACAGGGUUAUUAUUCAAACCCUUCUCUCCUGAUUCUAUAGCCAGGCAUAUGAUGUAAGUUCAGUUGUGAAUGAAAAUAAUGUUUUUUAAGUCAAAGGAGCUUAGCCAUUACUAACAUUUUGUUUCUUUUUUGUUUUUGAGGCUAGAGUGCAGUGACGCGAUUACAGCUCACCGAGGUUGCAGCCUCAACCUCCUAGGAUCAGAGACAGGGUUUUGCCAUCUUGCCCAAACUGGUUUUGAACUCCUGGGCUCAAACGAUCUGCCCACCUCAGCUUCCCAAAGUGCUGGGAUUACAGACUACCAUGGCUGCAGGAGUCUUGCCUCAGAAUGAACAACCAUAUUCUACCUUGGUGAAUAACAGCGAGUGUGUUGCAAACAUGAAAGGAAAUUUAGAACGUCCAACACCAAAGUACACAAAAGUAGGAGAGCGUUUACGGCAUGUCAUUCCUGGACACAUGGCAUGUUCCAUGGCGUGUGGCGGUAGAGCUUGCAAGUAUGAGAACCCAGCCCGCUGGAGUGAGCAGGAGCAAGCCAUUAAGGGGGUUUACUCAUCCUGGGUCACUGAUAAUAUACUGGCCAUGGCCCGCCCAUCCUCUGAGCUCCUGGAGAAGUACCACAUCAUUGAUCAGUUCCUCAGCCAUGGCAUAAAAACAAUAAUCAACCUCCAGCGCCCUGGUGAGCAUGCUAGCUGUGGGAACCCUCUGGAACAAGAAAGUGGCUUCACAUACCUUCCUGAGGCUUUCAUGGAGGCUGGCAUUUACUUCUACAAUUUCGGAUGGAAGGAUUAUGGUGUAGCAUCUCUUACUACUAUCCUAGAUAUGGUGAAGGUGAUGACAUUUGCCUUACAGGAAGGAAAAGUAGCUAUCCAUUGUCAUGCAGGGCUUGGUCGAACAGGUGUUUUAAUAGCCUGUUACUUAGUUUUUGCAACGAGAAUGACUGCUGACCAAGCAAUUAUAUUUGUGCGGGCAAAGCGACCCAAUUCCAUACAAACCAGAGGACAGCUCCUCUGUGUAAGGGAAUUUACUCAGUUUCUAACUCCUCUCCGCAAUAUAUUCUCUUGCUGUGAUCCCAAAGCACAUGCUGUCACCUUAGCUCAAUAUCUAAUUCGCCAGCGUCAUCUGCUUCAUGGUUAUGAGGCACGACUUCUGAAACACGUGCCAAAAAUUAUCCACCUAGUUUGCAAAUUGCUGCUGGACUUAGCGGAGAACAGGCCAGUGAUGAUGAAGGAUGUGUCCGAAGGACCUGGUCUCUCUGCUGAAAUAGAAAAGACCAUGUCUGAGAUGGUCACCAUGCAGCUGGAUAAAGAGUUACUGAGGCAUGACAGUGAUGUGUCCAACCCGCCUAACCCCACUGCAGUGGCAGCAGAUUUUGACAAUCGAGGCAUGAUUUUCUCCAAUGAGCAACAGUUUGACCCUCUUUGGAAAAGGCGGAAUGUUGAGUGCCUUCAACCCCUGACUCAUCUGAAAAGGCGGCUCAGCUACAGUGACUCAGAUUUAAAGAGGGCCGAGAACCUCCUGGAGCAAGGGGAGACUCCACAGACAGUGCCUGCCCAGAUCAUGGUUGGCCACAAGCCCAGGCAGCAGAAGCUCAUAAGCCAUUGUUACAUCCCACAGUCUCCAGAACCAGACUUACACAAGGAAGCCUUGGUUCGCAGCACACUUUCUUUCUGGAGUCAGUCAAAGUUUGGAGGCCUGGAAGGACUCAAAGAUAAUGGGUCACCAAUUUUCCAUGGAAGGAUCAUUCCAAAGGAAGCACAGCAGAGUGGAGCUUUCUCUGCAGAUGUUUCAGGCUCACACAGCCCUGGGGAGCCAGUUUCACCCAGCUUUGCAAAUGUCCAUAAGGAUCCAAACCCUGCUCACCAGCAAGUGUCUCACUGUCAGUGUAAAACUCAUGGUGUUGGGAGCCCUGGCUCUGUCAGGCAGAACAGCAGGAUACCCCGAAGCCCUCUGGACUGUGGCUCCAGUCCCAAAGUGCAGUUCUUGGUUGAACAUGAAACCCAGGACAGUAAAGAUCUGUCUGAAGCAGCUUCACACUCUGCAUUACAGUCUGAAUUGAGUGCUGAGGCAAGAAGAAUACUGGCGGCCAAAGCCCUAGCAAAUUUAAAUGAAUCUGUAGAAAAGGAGGAACUAAAAAGGAAGGUAGAAAUGUGGCAGAAAGAGCUUAAUUCCCGAGAUGGAGCUUGGGAAAGAAUAUGUGGCGAGAGGGACCCUUUCAUCCUAUGCAGCUUGAUGUGGUCUUGGGUGGAGCAACUGAAGGAGCCUGUAAUCACCAAAGAGGAUGUGGACAUGUUGGUUAACAGGCGAGCAGAUGCUGCAGAAGCACUGUUUUUAUUAGAGAAGGGACAGCACCAGACUAUUCUCUGCGUAUUGCACUGCAUAGUGAACCUGCAGACAAUUCCCGUGGAUGUGGAGGAAGCUUUCCUUGCCCACGCCAUUAAGGCGUUCACUAAGGUUAAUUUUGAUUCUGAAAAUGGACCAACAGUUUACAACACCCUGAAGAAAAUAUUUAAGCACACUCUGGAAGAAAAAAGAAAAAUGGCAAAAGAUGGCCCUAAGCCUGGCCUCUAGCUUUCCCUCGUGGUGAAUAUUUCAGACCUAAAGAUCCAGAUAGUAUCUCUGUUCAUAUGUGAAUAAGUUGAAGAUUGUGGGGCUGCUUUUUCUCAUAGCACUUUAUUUUGAAUGUUGUUAGUUUAUGCUGAGAAUGGUCGUCCGUAUUUGAACCAAUUAUUUAUUUUAAAAUAUCUUUAAGCUACAUUUUUGUUUUGAAAAAUUGCCAUAAAUUUGGUGCCACUUUCUUUUAUUUAUUUGACUGAGUUAAUAUUAUUGUAUUAACAUUUUAAGUAUAUGGUGUUUACAUUCUUAUUUCUUUUGACGUUUUGGAAAUAAUCGUAACUUGUCUUUCCAAAAUAACCGUUUUCUUGAUGGAACUCUUCCUAGAGUUUUUACCAAAUAGCUAACUUUAGUAGUAAAACCUCACUGUGUAUCCAUUCCCCCACAGAUGAACUAAGAAAGUCACCAAGUGUCUUAAGCUGUUUUAUAUUUGUUACGAAGAAGGCUAUUGCUACAAUAUUUUUAAAGGUUUUUUUUUAAGUUUGAAAUUUUUUGUUUUUCCUUUUCUUUUUAUAAAUGUAACAGAGGGUUUCAAAGCAUAUUAUUUUUCAGAGAGAUUUAGUUUUACUUUAAUGGAGUGACUAUGAAGUGGUUGGGAUUUUUUGCUUGUGGAAAGUAGACUUGCUCUUUGUCAGAUUUCCAAACAACCUUGCCAGCCUUGGCUGUCAAAAGGAGGCAGGAGCAGUUCUCAACACACCAAGCCUUAUUCCCACUCCCUUGGGUUGCUGCUGAGCCAAAUAGCAUCUUUACAGAGGAAGUGGGAUCAGAGGCAGGAAGUGUGGAAAGUUGCUAAGAAGCAGGGCUUGCCUCUGUCCUCCCGGGGACUCCACAGGGAUAUUCGUGCAGGGCAGGGGCUCUGUGCCAGCCCUGCUCUCUCAGGUGCCACAGCCACUCUGCAGAGGUGACUCUUGGAGCUGGAGGAAGUCAAAACUGGGCCACUGUUUGUGCUGAUGGUGUAUUAGCAUGAGCAGCGUGGCCCUGGCCCCACACUCCCAAAUCUGCCACUCCAUAGACCCACUUGCCUCAAGGCUUUAUAUUUGGCUGCUUUCUUACAAUGAGAAUUAAGAUUUUUAAACUGAAGUUGACCAUACAGGUUGCAUUAGCCCUGACUGGCUUCAUGUAAGAAGGGUGACUGCCUAAACUAGUUCCUUGUAAGCUGAACCAUCAAUUAUCAAUUGAAGCCAUACUUUUAUUUAAAUUAAUAUAUGUAGAUACCAGAGGCCAAGCCACAGAGAGGAUAAUAGUUCUUCCCAAUAAAGGUGAUAAUAAUCAGACUAAUUUCAAACUAAAGAAGUUACUGCUUAAAGACGGAAUUUCAGGGGAAGCAAGACUCAUUUAGAACAAAUGAAAUUUCUCCAAUCCUACAUUUCUGAAUUGACCUCUAGCACAUCAAAAAUAUUUCAGUCAUUAUCAGUCUCAUUAACUGAAAUGCCAAAUGCUAAAUGCAGUGUUCUUUCACACUGUUUUAAUUUUCUUGGGAAAUCAAGUCCAGUGGAUGUUAAUGGAGUGGGUUGCCCAUCCCUGAAAUGUCUUAUUUUCAAGUGCCUGGCCUGGGAAAGAAGGGGAAGAAACAAUUGCAUUUUAUCCAAAGGUACACUAUAAAAAUAGAGUUUUUACCAAAAAAAAGAUGUUUGUUCUCAUCUCAGUCGGCCUCAUUUGGGCAAGUGACCCACAGGUCUUUUGGCGAGUUUGCUAUUUGCCUGUUGAAAUACUUGUUUCAACUUAGAGAACAGUUAUGAUGUGACCAUAGCAUGGCACAACUAAAAAUCUAAGCCUGAAACCUGAAAAAAGAGAUAUGACAAGGGAAAUUAAUCAGGCUAUAUAUAAGUAUUGUAUUUAUUUGAAUAAAAGUAAAAAGAACAACCCAUAA